AACUCGAUGAUCGUUUAGUCUGGUCUUAAUUCGUCAGGUCAGAGGUCAGUCUGCGACUGCGCGCCUUACACCCAUCCACUGAGAACAAGGAGCAGUUCGUGACAAACAACAAGUCAGACCGAAUAAUGUUCGGCUGUUUUCUUUAAAACGGUCCCAUUAAGACACAAAGAACAUCAGCUAUUGUGGUUUCUCAUCAGGGACCUCGCCGAUUGAUGUUAGCUUAUCGGUUAGCCUAGCUAGCCUCGUUAGCCACUUUAGCUGGCUGUCGCAGAAAGUACGAACGUUAGUGGGCUACCUGGCGAGCUCAACCUUAAACCAUCUAAUCUAAACUGAUAUUUCUUUGACCGGAGCACUUCAAACUAACGCAGACAUGCAGGAUAUGCUGGCUACCGUGGACCACCUCAAGUUUGACCUGGAAUUGGCUGUGCAGCAGCAGCUAGGAGCACAGCCUCUGCCAUUCCCCGGCAUGGACAAGUCCGGGUCUGCUGUGUGUGAGUUCUUCAUGAGAGCAGCUUGUCAGAAAGGUGGGAUGUGUCCGUUCCGUCACAUCAGCGGAGAGAAGACGGUGGUGUGUAAGCACUGGCUCAGAGGACUUUGUAAGAAGGGAGACCAGUGCGAGUUUCUCCAUGAAUACGACAUGACAAAGAUGCCUGAAUGCUACUUCUACUCCAAGUUUGGUGAGUGCAGCAACAAGGAAUGUCCGUUCCUGCACAUUGAUCCAGAGUCAAAGAUCAAAGAUUGUCCCUGGUACGACCGAGGCUUCUGCAAACACGGUCCUGACUGCAGACACAGACAUACAAGGAGGGUGAUCUGUGUGAAUUACCUGGUGGGCUUCUGUCCAGAGGGAAAAUCCUGUAAAUUUAUGCACCCUCGUUUUGAGUUGCCUAUGGGAGCUUCUGAACAGCCUCCUCUACCACAGCAAAUUCAGAACCAGACAAAGCCUGUGCCCAGCAUGGGACGCUCGUCGCUCUCUCUAAUCCAGCUGACCAACUCCAGUCCAGGCAUGCGGCCGCAGAACCACAUGCCGAUGUCUGCGCCUCAGCAAAAUCACAUGACUGGCAACAGAGGGCCUCGGCCACUGGACCAGGUCACCUGCUACAAGUGUGGUGAGAAGGGCCACUAUGCCAACAAAUGCACUAAAGGUCAUCUGGCCUUCCUGAGUGGACAGUAACAUUCAGCCUUGAGGUCACCACGGUGCUGUAGCUCAGUUCGCCUGAUGGGAGCAGAGGAAGAGCAGCUGAAGAGAGGAAGCUCCUUUGCUCCACAGGCUGAAGUUGAACUUAAAAGACUUUGACUGCCGCUGUUGUGCGUCACUUCAAACGGACACAAGCCGUAAGAAAGAUAAACAUAGCUACUAUUUCUAUUUUUUGUGGAUACAUGAAAAUAAGGAACAGAAAAGAUGUCACAAUCUGUGUGGCUGUGGUUUAAUGACUUGUUAGUCUUCAGUUUUCUACAAUGUUUGUACUAAAGCGAACUGAAUAUUUAAAGAGACCUCACACCCAGGGUCCACGGUGCAGUGCUGUGACGUGUUGCCGCUUCUUAGACAUGUGACUGCAUCAGUGACACCAGGCGACUUUCUAUUCUUCUAGUAAAUCUGUCCGACAGUGUAAAUGCAAUAAAAAGUGAUAAAUGCCAGUAGGAAUGUAAAUUACUGUACUUAAGAACUACUGUAAGUAAUCAGAGCCCAAAUCCACCCUGCAAUGGUUCCUAUUGUACUCACACCACCUCAAAUCUUCUGGCUUACCACGCACAAUUUUGCAUAUAGUCAGAUUUUAGACUUUGCAAGCAUUUUAAAUUCUGGAAAUUACCAGUUGUGUGUGUGGAUACCUUGUGUUAAAUCUUAAUCUACAUCUUUCACUUUUUACCUGAAGGGAUGUGUGGGGAAACAGCAGUUUGGCACAGUAUGAAUUUCAUUGUGUUGACAGUCUGAACAUUUUCUCACAAUCUGUACAGUGUGUACAAAUAAAUGUUCUUGUUACGGA